UGCCCGUGUUUAUUUUUGCUCGGGCGCCUCAUCCUUGCUGCUGCUGCUGCUGCUGGCAGCCCGUGAGGAGGGGCGGGGGCGGUGGCGGUGGCCCUCGUCGUCGCUGCUCCGUGGCCCGGCCUUCCUCCUCAGGCCUUAGCCUAUAAAGGGCCGAGGAUGCAGCUCUACAGCACCAUCCUCACCCACUACCCGGCCUCCUCCUCUUCGCCGCCAGCCUCAGCCUCCGCAGCCGCCAACAACGCAGCCGCUGGGCCCGGCGUCGUCUUCAAGGUCUCCCCGGAACAAAGCCCGGCGGGAGUCGAAACCGACACCGGAGGAGGAGGAGGCGGUUGCUGCCCUUCGUCCCCAUCAGCCGCCAUGCCUGCUUUCUCCUGCUUGGAGCUGCAGAGGAAGCCCCCGACGCCGCCUUCUUCGUCCUGCUACGGCUCCGGGGUGCGACGCAGGCCUUUGGAAAGAGUGGUGCCCAUAAGGCUGGUGCCUCGGGCAGAGAAUGGGGUGCCUGCGGCGGCCUCCGAGGACUUGAGUCCAGGGCACCCUUGGCUGCAGCUGGAGGGUGGCGUCGGAGGCAGCGGCAGCGGUGGUGUUGAGGCCCCUUCCCUGGAGCCCAGCAACCGCGGCCUGCGCUUCAGUGAGCAUUGCCAGGCCUUGCAGGCCGCAGCUGCAGCCACGACCAGCGCUGUCCCAGUGGAGGCGGAGGAAGACGGCCGCCCUUGUUCGCCCGGAGGCCGCCCCUCGAAGCUGGCGCUGUACCUGGCCGAGGUGGAGAAGCAGGACAAGUACCUGCGGCUCCAGGGCCGCUUCCGCUUCCACAUCAUCCCCGACGGCAACUGCCUCUACCGGGCCGUCUGCGAGGCCGUCAACGGCGACCAGCGCCUCCACGGAGAGCUCCGGGAGCAGACGGUGCACUACAUCGCCGACCACCUGGACCACUUCAGCCCCCUCAUCGAGGGCGAUGUGGGCGAGUUCCUCAUCAACGCCGCCCAAGAGGGCUCCUGGGCCGGCUACCCGGAGCUGCUGGCCAUGGGCCGCAUGCUGGACGUCAACAUCCACCUCACCACGGGCGGCCGGCCUGAGAGCCCCACCGUCUCCACCAUGGCCCACUACCUGGGGCCCGAGGACCCCCGCCGGCGUAGCAUCUGGCUGAGCUGGUUGAGCAACGGGCACUACGACGCCGUCCUCGACCGACAGUGCCCCAACCCAGAGUACGAGGAGUGGUGCCGGCAGACCCAGGCCCAGCGCCGGAGGGACGAGGAGCUGGCCAAGUCCAUGGCCGUCUCCCUCUCCAAGAUGUACAUCGAGCAGAACGCCUGCUCCUGAGAGGGAAGCCGAUGUGGACUGGAUGCUCUCCUGGUGCCUUAGCCCUCCUGCCUCCGUGGGCCGACAUCCCAAGGCCCAGCAAGGACUUGAAGAGGCCAGGGGGGUAACAAAGAUUAGAUGCUGCGUCCGCGCUGAAGGAAUAACCCAGUUUUUGACACCGCUUGAACUCAGUGCUGUGGAAUUCUUGUGUGGCACCAUUGCUCUCUGGCAGAGAGAUGAUGGCUGUUGCCACACAGUGGGGUUAAUGCAGCUUGACAUCACUUUAGCACUGCAGGAAUAACCUAGUUUGACGCCGCUUGAACUGUCGUGGCUCAGUACUAGGGGACUCUGAGAAUUGUAGCUUGUGGUAACACCACCAGAGCUCUCUGAUAGAGAGGUGACAGCUGUUUCCCAGUUUGACUCAGCUUGAACUGCUGUAGCUCAAUGCUAAAGGAGUCUGGGAAUUAUGGUGGCCACCAGAGCUCUCUGACAGAAAGGUGUUGUUGCAACACUGAAGAAAUAACCCAGCUUGA